UAGGAUUUACUCGUUUAAAGCAAAUGAGGUAAUUUUGCCUUUACUCUCGCUUCAUCAACUUUCAACUCACUAAGGUAGUUAUCUAAACUUUGUUAUGAACUGGACACACAAAACAUUACUCGGCACAAAAACUGGUUCCCAUGCCCGUAGCCUUAACGUUGAACUUUGUAAAUUAAAAUUAUAAGCCGGUAUUAUUAUUAUUUUCUUUUUUUUAUUACUUUAACCACCAACAACCACAAACCAAAGCAUUGUCAAUUUAUUAUGGUAACUCGUCUUAAUCAGUAUUUUCUUAUUAUUAUAACAAUCCACUUUUAUUUUAUAAUGUUUUGUUUUAUUAGCGGAACUUUAUCUUCGUCGUCGUCGAAUUGUACGUCGCGUCGGUCGUCCGUUGAAACUUAGACAGACAAACAGACGUACAACACGCAAUUCACUUUCAAUUAUUUGAUUUGAUUUUAUGUUGUGGAAACUAGUUUUCCGGAAAGAAAGAAGUCUCACUUGUUUACUUUUGCAUCAUAUCAUUGUCUUGUCAUUCUGCUGUACAAAUCCUCCACCCAAAUUCACUUUUCUCUCUUUUGCUAAGUAGGUUGCGGAUGGUCGCUUAGAGUAGCUAGCUUGCAGAAAUGACCACUAAAAAAAGAAUUUGGUGGGAAAACUACAUCAAGAUUGGUUGCCUAUUUUGUAAUCCAUCAGCUCUUGUUGGACAUAGUUCCAUCAUCAUAUUAAACCGUUAGCAACGACAAGUGGGCAUAAAAAUUGCAAAACCAUUGAUGUGACUAUGUCACGUCACGUGCACCACAAACCACACCAGUCAAGUCAAGUCACCACCAAAAUGGAAUGGAAUGGGUAUGUUGGAAGAGUUGAAGUUGUACGUUGUACAAAAUGUACAUACACUUGAAAUUGUCUACGGAAGUAAUAGUUUUACCAGUUGUUAUAAUUUUUAUUUUUCGGUCAUGUGGCAAAUCGUAUAAAAACGUUGCAAAGCAUUUUCUAACACCGCACUUAACAGAGCGACAUUGAACAUUAAGGACAUCUAUAUCGUCUCAAAGACCAAAAGACAACAAUGGAACAAAUAAUAACGAUUUUGGCAGUUAUGUCAGCAUGCAUCGCUGCAAGAGUACCAAAUCGUUCAUCGGAUACGGCUUCGCUGGAAGUGGGAUACCCUCAACCGAUUUCAUUGGAUCGCUUUGAAGCCAUGCUCCAGAGGGCAACUGAAAUGUUACGAUCCCCAGCUCAAGUAGUUGAACCCGAACACAUCAGUGCUCAAGCAAAUUACAAUACAAAUAUCAGGGAUCCAGAGGCAAGCUAUUACAUGCCCAUCUAUCAGAAUGACAAGAAUCCACCACAAAAACUCGAUGCUAAAAGCCGACAGUUGCAAUUCAUGGUCCCACCAUCCGAGGAUAACCAGGAGUCAAAUUUUUACGUUAUCAAGCAGAAGAAACUACCAAAGAAGUUCAAAAAUGCAGCCAAACAAAUCAAUGUUAAGGUCAUUGCCGAAACAGCAGAACGAGAAGAAUUAAACAACGCCGCCGCCGUUGCUCAUGAAAGACCACAUCAUCAUGGUGGUGGUUAUAGCAACGAACAUAAUAUUAUCUUUGAUGAUACAUUCUUUGGAGUUGAUUCACAAGCUGCUGUUCCAGAUGAUGUGCCACAGGAGCAGAGUACCGAUCAUGGAUUUAUUGCUCCUUUAUAUGCGAGACGGAAUCGUAAGGCUGAGGAUUUAUUUGCAACUCAGAGUUCAAGGCGUGAAGCAAGAAUGAGAUUGGGAAUGCCAAUGACUAGGUUUUCUAUCAUAUAUUAAAUAUAAUACCGUAGGGCAUACAAAAUAAGAAUUAUUAUUUA